AAAAUUUGCAAAAACUACCUUUGCGUGCGCAGAUCAGUAUAUAAAAAGGGUUUGAGUACUGCAGGAACAUAUCAUUCACUCACCAGCAGUCGACAUGCGUUUAUCGAAGAAAUUAUAUAAAUUGAAGUAUUACUUGAGGAAGACAUGGAAAGAGGAGCUAAGAAAGGCAGAAACCAUAAAAAAUUACUCUCAGAGAGAGCUGGACGAGAUUCUGCAAGUGCGUCUGCAAAAUAGGAAGGAACACGCAAAAUCCGUUGAAAGCGCGGAGAAGUUGCAUCACGCCGAAAUGACUUCAAUGCGAAAGGAGCAGAACGAGCAAGUUGAGAAUGCGUAUGAAAAACACGAUGAUAUCUACAAGGAUCAAAAUUUGGAGAGUUGGUCAUCGCCGCAGCAAUUCCAGCGCGUCUCCGCUCAAAUGGAGAUAAAUCGGAAGCUGCACGCAGAGAUGUUGCAGGUGCUGCUUGGCGAGAAGAAGAAAGCCGAGGAGGAGCUGCGACAGAAUGCUGAAGUCAUCAAGGAGCUGGAGAUGAGUAGAGAAAGCCAACAAAACGAUUUAGUUGAAAAUGACAUGGCGAUAGAGACCUUGAUCCAAGAUAAAUACGAGUACCUCCUUCAACAAAUUGACGAAUCGGAAUCCGUGGACGAGGAGUUGGAGUUAAAGAAACGCUUGGAGCGCCUAAAUUUCAGCGACUAACUUCUCGAAAUAGUGAAUCUUCGAUCCUUUUCGGAUAUUUUCCACUAUUUUCUUAAACACCACGUACUUUUAAUUUAACUA